GAUUUGUUUUGUUUGUCGUUUGAGUUUUAAAAUCCAGUUUUUGUUACACUUUAUGAUCACAUAAUCAGUGAAUCCUGUGGUCAAUGGCUGAGGACAUGGAUGUGGACGACAGUCACAAGAAGGCGACGGUAGACAACAGCUCUUCACUGCCCACUCCCUGGCUCGAAAAGUAUCGUCCGAUUGACUUCUCGGACAUCAUUGGCAACAAAGAGGUGAUCAAUCGGUUCCAGAUAUUCUCGGAGAAGGGAAAUAUACCCAAUUUCAUACUGUCGGGCCCUCCCGGCGUCGGCAAGACUACCACCAUCCUAUGUCUGGCCCGCAAUCUGUUGGGUCCGCACUAUAAAGAGGCGGUUCUGGAGCUGAACGCGUCCAACGAGAGGGGCAUUGAUGUCGUGAGGAAUAAGAUAAAAAUGUUCGCUCAGACGAAAGUGACGUUAGGUUUGGGUAAACAUAAGAUCAUAAUUCUGGACGAAGCGGACAGUAUGACAGAUGCGGCACAACAGGCACUCCGCCGGACAAUGGAGUUGUACUCGAAGUCGACGCGAUUCGCGUUGGCCUGCAAUACGUCUGAGAAGAUCAUUGAACCGAUUCAGUCGAGAUGUGCUGUCAUUAGGUUCACGAAACUCAAUGACAACCAAAUCGACGAUAAGUUGCGACAGAUUUGCCGCAAAGAGAAGCUCGAGUUCAACGACGAGGGCAUUGAGGCGCUGGUGUUCACAGCGCAGGGAGAUAUGCGUCAGGCUAUCAAUAACCUCCAGUCCACGGCUGACGGCUUCGGACUCAUCAGCAGUGAUAAUGUAUUCAAAGUAUGCGAUGAACCGCACCCUCUCUUCAUCAAAGAUAUGCUGAAGAACUGUUUGGACAACAAUUUGGAGGAAGCGCUCAAAAUAAUGCAGAAGUUAUACAAAUUGGGUUAUUCUCCCGAAGACAUCAUCGCCAAUGUGUUCCGGGUCACCAAAAACUACUCAUUGCCUGAAUAUGUGAAACUCGAGUACAUCAAAGAGAUCGGAAUCACACACAUGCGGAUCGCACAGGGAGUCAACUCAUUGCUACAGUUGUCGGCACUGGUCGCCAGACUUUGUAAAAAGACAUUAAAGUCAUAAAAUAAUUGUUUAAUUUUUGAAUACAAAUAAAACUCAUUUGAAACGAUUGCUUAUAA